AUGGCAAAUGCUGCUAAUCAACAGCCAUUCCAGGCACUCCUGGCUGAGUAUUUGAGCGAUGAGGAGGAGGAUCCUGGCCCACCAAAUUCCCUACCUCCACCUCCAGUCGACGCCAUCUACUCCAGUGAGAAAGAGGCAAUGGAUGCCAUCAAUGAGUUCACAAAGCAGCAUGGCUAUGCCCUCACAACCAAGAGUUCCAAGCGCCAUGGAGAUGGCCAAAUCAAAGCACGCUACCUCCAUUGCAACCGCAGCGGUGUGUACAAGAACAACAUUGCUGAUGAUAAGCGAGUCCGUGAGAAAACCACCCGCCGCUCGGCUCGUACUCUAUACAACCCCUAUAUCCUUCCUCAGUCACCACCCUACUUGACCAUGACCAGCACCCACAGUGUCAGGGAGGUGCAGGGGCAAUCCUCUCAACCUGCAGUAGCCGACCUGGCCUCCAACAAAUCCACAGCCAACCCGUUGAGCACUGGUCAAACCUCUGAGGCACCGUCGAAGGGCUUGACUGCUCCGGCUAGUGACCAGAGUUCUUCUCUGAAGAAUUACGAGGAUUUUCGAUUAUCGGACGCUGAACGCGCACAAGACCUGGCUGGAAUUGGUUCCUGGGCUGAUUCCACCCCGGACUUGCUUGAGCGUAUCAGUGGAGCAGAGGAUAUGCUCAAUGCUUGUGUGUGAGGGGUUUAAGCGAUGCUCAGUGAAUGUUCUAUGCCAAACAGGUCAAAGUAAUCAAACAUGCUAUACAUCUCGCAAGCGUCCAUGCUCCGUGACAAGCCUCGUGUUAUCUAUUGCAUUCUAAAAUCCAUGGACC